UCAGAGAGGGAGGGUUUAUUCAGUGAGCACCAUCUGGAAGGGCCUCUGCUCUUCACUGUUUAGUUACAUCGUGUCUAGUGUCAGAACAGACAGAAGUAAGUGCAGGCUUGUGCUGACAGCUCAUACAUACUCAUGAUGAACUGAUGGAGGAGCUCAGUUCAAGGCUUAAAAAUGGAUGCUUCUCUUCUUGAAUCUCCUCUGUCGUCCCCAGCAUCCCCUCUCCCCACAGCGUUCUCUGCGUCUGGGCACACCAUCCAUCCAGUGUCCUCCUCUUCAAAGCCUAGCUCCUCCCCUUCAGCAAUGACACCACCCCCACACCUUGCCUCACAGACAGGUCGAUCCCAGCUGAAUGCAGCCAGCACUGCCUUUCCAGGACAAUCAUCUUUUCCUCCACAGGGUGAAAUCCCAGAGGAGCUAACCAUUGAUGAUCUUAAACAGAGGGCAAAGAAUGGGGAUGCAAAAGCACAGACCGAGAUUGGUAGAUAUUACCUGAGAUUAGCCGAGCAAGAAGACGAAGAAGUAAAUUCUGUCACCGCGGUAACAUGGCUACUCCAGGCGGCGAAAAAUGGACAGAAAGAUGCAGUAAAGCUGCUACGACGCUGCCUUCAUGACAGGAGGGGCAUCACAGCUGAGAACAGAGAGGAGGUGUGUUCCCUGGCAUGUGAAUCUCGUUUUCAGCGCAGUGUAAGAAAAGCAGCUCUGCUCAUGUACUGGAAACUCAAUCCAGAGAGGAAGAAAAACAUCACUGCCUCUGAACUUCUGGAAAAUGUCAGCCAGAUCAACACUGAGACAGAUGGUGCUCCCAGCAGCCCUCUCUCAAGCCCAGCACAGAAACAAAGAAAAGUUUUGGAGAGUUUGGUCUCAAGAGAUGGGGCUGAAUAUGUUGGUGUAGAAGAGUUUGUUGAGUAUACUAAACAAUAUACUGAGGGUAUUUCACCAACACCUGCCAUGGAAGCAGCAGGGGAUGAUGAUGAUGAUGAUGAUGAUGAAGGGCCAGUAAAGAACCCUGAUGAACUGCCUUUGCAUCAGAAGGUAUUGAAGUUUCCCCUUCAUGCAGUGUUGGAGGUGAAAGAGGUGUUGAUUGACUGGGCGUCCCGUGCAGGCAUGCAGUGGAUUAGCGCCCUUAUACCUACUCAUCAUGUCAAUACCCUCAUCUUUUUCUUCAUCAUCUCCAACCUAACCCUGGAGUUCUUUGUUCUUGUCAUUCCUCUCAUUAUAUUCUACCUCUCUUUUCUGUCAAUGGUAACUUGUACUCUCCGAGUCUUUCAGAACAGCAAGGCAUGGGAGAACUUUCGAGCAUUGACGGCCAUGUUGUCUCAUUUUGAGCCAGGCAUAGACCUCGAGCAGGCAGAGUCAAACUUCACAUGGAACCACCUUGAGCCAUACCUCUACUUCCUCCUUUCUUCGCUUUUCCUCAUCCUUUCGAUUCCCGUGGCAGACAAGUCCUGGUUGCCAUGUUCGGAACUGGCAACAGUUGCAGUUUUCUUCACUGUAAGCAGCUACUUAAGCCUGCGACCAGCAGCGCAGCAGCAUGCCAAACUUGCUCUGCUCUCCCAGGUUGCCUCCGCCAUUUCUGCGUUCUUGAAUAAGUUGCUGGGAGGCUGGGUGGGUCGUGUGGUUGGUGGCGCUUGGUUCAACAUGCACCUUGGUGACUGGUUGGUACUGCAUGUGGGUGUGCCUUGUUUUCUGUAUCUCUACCUCCUGUAUCAGUGUACCCGUAUGGCCACAGUAGGUGGUGCACGUGGCACCUACUGUGUGCUGCUGCCCUACCUGGUGUGCUUCAUCUGGUGUGAACUCUCCGUCACGCUGUUGCAAGAGUCUACUGCAUUGGGGUUAAUGCGCACAGCUGUGGGCUACCUCCUUUUCUUCUUCGCUUUGCCCGUGAUUUCGCUGGCUCUAGCAGCCGUAAUGCUGGUGCAACUGGUGCAGUGGUUCCUCGCCCUGGAACUGACCAAAAUGGUCGUAACCGCGUGUGUUUGCGUCCUGCCUGUCUUGCUGCGCUGGUGGACACGUUUUAGCGUGUCCCCCUUGGCAGUGCUGCACUUUUUGCGGCGCAGCAGCGUGGUCAAGUUGAUCCUUGUGUGGAUUUCAGCUCUGGUGCUCUUCAGCUGGUUCUACGUGUACCGUUCUGAGGGGAGGAAGGUAUACAACUCCACCCUGACUUGGCAGGAGUACAGCGACCUGUGUGGCCCUCGUGCCUGGAAGGAGCGUAACAUGGCACACGCCCAGAUCCUCUGCAGCCACUUGGAGGGACACCGGGUGACGUGGGAGGGUCGGUUUAAGUAUGUUCGUGUCACUGAGAUUGAGAAUGGAGUGCUAGCUGUCAUUAACCUUCUACCAGUCUUUUUAGCAGACUGGGUCCGAUGUCUGUAUGGCGAGGAGUACCCUGUCUGUGACAAGACCCAGCCGGGACCCGCUGAAUCGGUGUGUCAGCUCAAGGCGCUUGCAAAGCAUAAGUGCCAUGUCAAACGUUUUGACCACUACAAGUUUGAAGUGACCAUGGGGAUGCCACAGAAGGGGCGCAAUGGGGCACAAGAUUUUGAUGAUGGCACCAAAGACAUUGUGCUUCGGGCUAGUAGCGAAUUCAGACACGUCCUACUGGCACUCAGCUCAGGCAGUGUGGUGGAGUUCAGCACGGUACUUGAAGGUAGACUGGGCAGCAAAUGGCCAGUGUUUGAACUCAAAGCCUUGCACUGCAAGACAUGUGCUUCACCGCUUGUACCAAUACGACGACAGGUCAAGAUCGAGCAGGACUGGAGGGUUAACGUCCGAAAUGCCAUUGCUUUCGCCUUCAAUUUCCUGUUCCACCCUCUGCUUUCGGCUGAGGUAGACGUUACUGUAGCUACUACAGAAGUAUCUGUGUGAAGCUAGUGGUUGACCACUGGCAUUCUCUUUAGUAUUAGAAAAGGAAACUGUUGAGAUUUGAUAAAACCGUUAUUAAAACGCCUAAGGCGUUGUCAUCUUGUUUUGUCUGUUUCAUGUAUGAAGGUGAACAAAGAAGUGAGAAGAGCCUUCUGUAGCUCAGUGGUUUAAUCUUGGUUCUGUGGACCCACCGCUCUGUACAUUUAGUAUAUUUUUAUCUGACACAGUCAGUUCAGUUAAUGGAGCACUUUCCUACCAAGCUGAUGGUCUGAAUGAUGGGCAUUAAAUAGGGGAAACAUGCAUAAUGUGCAUUGCUAUGGGUCCUCAGGACCAGGACUGAAAACCACUGCUAUAUGUGCUGCAGCAGGGGUGUUCAAUCCUGCUCCCCAGCCUGCCUCCAACACACCUGCCUGGAAGUUUGUAGUAAUCCUGAAGAACUUCAUAAGCUGGUUUAGGUGUUGAUGCUAAACCUGGCAGGAAAGUGGCCCUCCAGGAGCAGGAUUGAACACCCCGGUGCUAAAGGAACCAAAUAAAAUACCACUUCAAGCCCUUAACUAUUUCACAAAACUGAAUCAAAUGUUAAGAAAUAUGAAUUUCAUGUGGAAAUUCAAAGCCAUGCCUAAAUUUCUAAAAAGUCUUUGCAUCUGGACGAACUCAUUUAUCUGCAGUGAGAGGUUACAUCCACUGGUUUUCCCCUGUUUUAUUGAUUUUAAUAGGGCUUUUGAAUAUUUGAUAUCUAAUUUAGUUUGUUUUGGAAGAUAAUGCAUUAAUACUUAGGUGUGUGCAUGUGUCUGUGUUUUAUUAUCAUUGAUGCCUUAGAUUGGUUCAAACGUGUCUUUUGAAGAUUUAGGUAACUUGCAUUUUAAGGCAUAUAGAAGAAAUUUGAAAAUGAUUUAUGACUUUUCUGUGAAAAUACUGUAUAGUACAAUAGAGAUUUUUCUUGAACAGGUCUAAAGAUCUCUUUAUUUUAAAUACAAUUUGGGUUAUUAUUGUCAUAUCUAUCAAUAAUAAGAUCUGUUUGAGGUUUUAGUUGACAUUUCAAACAUUAAACAUUGCUGAACAGAUGUUUGAUGGCUUGAGGCUGCAUUGGAGGUACAAUUUGAACACUACAUUGCACAAUAUUAAAAUGCUGUACAUAGUGAUUGAAUUUGUCCUGUGUAAAAAUCAGUACUUUUAUAAAUUUCAUUGGUGGUGUGUGAAUGUUCCACACUACAUUAGGCUAGAUAACAGUCAAUAAUAAUGAAGUGGCACUCAUCGUUUAUCAUUCCUAUACAGCCAAAGAGAAACCACCCACACAUGCCUCUGUAUUUCGACUGUGUUAUCUUCAUUUACACAAAUAAACUGCCUUUGUUUUGCCUUUC